AUGGGAGGUUCGGAGUACAUCCCAGGCAAAGAGAAUUUUUCGCAAUGGAGGGAUCAGCUCGGACUUUCUGAAGUUAAUUUUCAAGGACAAAACUUCACCUGGUGUAAUAAUCGCUCAGAACCAGAACGUGUUUAUGAAAGAUUGGAUAGGGCUUAUGCUUCAGAAAAUUGGUUGCAUAGAUACUCGGAAGCAAGGAUAUUGAAUAUGCCGAUUCUUAUCUCGGAUCACAGCCCAAUUCUUCUCAUUUCUUCGCCAAUUCAUUCAAAAAAGAAGUCACCAAUUAAGAUGGAAUCCUGGUGCUUUGAUUUCAAGGAAGUGGAGACUUUAAUUUCCAACCACUGGAAAGUUUCAUAUAGUGGCUCCCCGAUGUACGAGGUAGCUCAGAAAUGUCGAAGCGUUAGGUACAAGCUCUUUCAAUGGUGCAAAAAUUAUAAAAUCGAGAACAAUAUAAAUUGGGAAGAAUUUCUGUCUAAAUGUGGCGAGAUUCAAGCUAAUUUGUCUAAGAGUGGUGGAGGAAACUUGGACGAAGAAAUCAAAGAAGAGAGUAUUCGCAAAUUGGAAGUUCAAUUAAAGUUCUGGCAACAACGAGCGAAGAGCAAAUGGAAGGCAUGGGAGGACACCAACUCCAAAUGGUUCUUUCGAAAAGCAAAAAGACGUAAGCAGAAAAAUGAGAUUUUGGUAAUAAAAAAUUCAGCAGGGAAAUGGGUUUCAUCAAAGCAAGACAUCCAGGGUGAAUUUCUUGGUUACUUUGCAAAUAUUUUUCAAGGAUCACAACACACUCAGGAAUACUGGGAAGAGUUGGACGAGAUUAGGCAUCUGGUUCCGCAAAUCGACAUCAUGCAUAGGGAAGAUCUUAUCAAGCCAGUCACAAGAGGAAGAAGUCAGAAAUGCAGUGUUCCAAAUGGGAAGCCUUAA